CAGCUGUUGGCACUUCUGCAGAGGUGCGAAAGUGUGCGAGACAGUGAACCCCCCACCUCCUCAAUUGUCAGGCCUUUUGAGUGAGACGUGCAGAACCUUUUCUCAGUGUCUGCCUUCGUUCUUGUCAUCCAAAACUCUUUCAGACGUGCAGUCUCCGUUUGACCGCCUACACGCGAGCAUGGCGAGCCCCGACAAACCAUCUCUCCAAUUCAUUGGAGCCCGCUACCUAGGUGAGGGUCUUAUCAUGUCGGUCAUGCUCACCUUUGAGUUCAAUGGCGUGAAUUUCUUUGUUGUGGCGGCUAGCCCCGAUGAUGAGGCUGGGGGCGAAACCCUUGUCCCGCCGGGCUACCGAUUCGAAGAAUCUCUCGAAGGCAAAAUGCUGGCCGAGUUGACGGACCUCACCUGGGGUGAGUUUGACAAGGGAAGGAUCGAAGCAAGCAAGCGCCUCGAGAAGCAGCUUGCGAACAUGGCCGCCGAUGUAGCCCUCACAACCAUGCAGCACCUGGCGCCGACUCCGAUCCCGCCGGCCGAAACAUUACAGAGCCACCUCUACCCUCAGACCUACACGCUGCAAAUCCUCACCGACGGCAGCAAGCUGACGUGCCGUCCUACGCCGGCCGGCUAUACGGGAAUCCCUGAACUUACUCGGUCGGUCUCCGAGGAGAGGCUACAUACGAUGGGACUUGACAUUCACACCACCAACGUCCCGGUUAUCAAGGCAUCACAGGUUGGCUUAGUCCGUCGUCUACAGGGCUUUGUCUGGAGGGUGACGGUACAAGGGGAAGAUAUGGUUUACAAGUCUGCUACCAAUGUCUUUGAGGAUGCUAUCGGCGACGAACUUGCGGCAUAUCUCAAAAUCAGAACAUCCGGAGUCGAGUUAGGGGUCCCCGAGUUGAAAGGAAUUGUAGAGUCACACAAGGGAGUUAUCGGCAUCCUACUUGCCUACAUUCCCCACAAGCAUCACAGUCUGCACGCCUUGCUGGACGGUGUCGAGAGUGGUACCAUCGCACCAAGCGAAGCGACUACGUCCCAGAGGCAAAAGUGGGCAACGCAGAUUCGGGCGACUCUCGCGGGGCUACAUGGCCUGGGCAUCCUCUGGCGCGACCUCAAGACCAACAACGUAUUGAUCAACGAGGAUGACGACGCGGUCGUGCUCGACUUUGGUGGCGGGAACACGAUCGGAUGGGUUGACCACGACAAGUACGGCAGCAUGGAGGGCGAGGAACAGGGGCUUGAGAAGAUCAUGUUGGCUCUAAGAGUCGGGCCUGAUUGAUACAACGAUCGAGGCUCACUGGCAACGAGAGAUGAGGCACCGAGGCAGCUCGAUGAGGAGAAAGCGUGGUUCUGGGAGCAGAGAUGCGGAUUAUUCUACCGCGCUCCAACACCAGUUCAUAUAUCACGGCCUAUAGAUUAAACUACUACCCAAUUUGAAAUUCUAAAUUAUCUUAUAA